GGACCUUCUAGAAUUUCUUUUUCGCACACAUUUAAGCCGUGGGACGUGUAGGUCCAUUUCCUUUAGGGGAAACUUCACUAAGAAUUAGUGAAGAAAAAAAGGUUACUUAGCGACAAACUGUGUAACAAAAGAAAAAAAGUAAUGCAGAUUAACAAAGUCGCACCACAAAAGACUCGGAAUAGCUUUACCUAAAUCAGAGGUCUGAGGAAAUCUUUCCCUAAAAUUUAGCUUACAAAACUGUGUAUGUCUCACUAAUGUGACUUGACCGAUUUUUCACCCGAAAUCGAUAGAAAUCAAUGGAAUAUAAAGGGGUUGACAUCCCGAUAUAAUUUUCAAUAAUUAAUUUAGUUUCGUUUAUUUUCUUUUUCUUCUUCUUUCUUUCUCUAUUAUUAUUAUCCAUAUAUAAUAACUAAUAAUUAAUAAUAUACAAUGGUCGCUCAAAUCCAAAAACCAGCUCCAACUUUCAAGAAAACUGCCGUCGUCGAUGGAGUCUUUGAAGAAAUUUCAUUAGAACAAUACAAAGGUAAAUGGGUUUUAUUAGCUUUUAUCCCAUUAGCUUUCACUUUUGUUUGUCCAACUGAAAUUAUUGCUUACUCUGAAGCUGUUAAGAAGUUUACUGAAAAAGAUGCUGAAGUUUUAUUCGCUUCUACUGAUUCUGAAUACUCUUUAUUAGCUUGGACUAAUGUUGCUAGAAAAGAUGGUGGUUUAGGUCCAAUUAACAUUCCAUUAUUAGCUGAUACUAACCACUCUUUAUCUAAAGAUUACGGUGUCUUGAUUGAAGAAGAAGGUAUUGCUUUAAGAGGUAUUUUCUUAAUUGAUCCAAAGGGUACCUUAAGACAAAUCACCAUUAAUGAUUUACCAGUUGGUAGAUCUGUCGAAGAAUCUUUAAGAUUAUUAGAAGCUUUCCAAUUCACUGAAAAGUAUGGUGAAGUUUGUCCUGCUAACUGGACUCCAGGUGCUGAAACCAUCAAGCCAGAAGUUGACUCUUCUAAGGAAUACUUCGGUAAAGUCAACAAGGAAUAAAUUAACAAAUGAAUGGUCUGUUGCUUGACGCGUUUGACCACGCUAAUAUAACCAACCAUUAAAAAUUCAUUUUUAUAAAUAAAAUAUAGAUAGAUUCUGGUUAUACGAUUGUUAUUAUUAAUAUAUUUAUUAAUAGAUUAAUGCUUAAUUUAAAUUACUGUAUCAUUGUAGAGCUAUAUAUUCUCUCAAUGGUGAUGUAAUUAUUGUCAAUUGGUAAAUGUCUAUAUAUA